AAUAUGUUCAACUCAAUUUACAUUUACAUAUCCAUGAUAACGCUGCUGGUGUUUGCCACCAUGAACGAGGGUGAAUCGACUGAGUUAGAAGACAUCAAAAAUGCGAUUUCAGAUGCUCGAAAAAAAUCAUACAAAUUAGCUGACUUGAUUAAAAACGGAGAAGCAGCGAUUAAACAACUGAAAAAUAAGAUUAUUCUUGAAACUGGAGGAAAAGACAACAGCACCAUUGAGAACUAUAUCAGCUGUUUGAGAAAGCAUUAUGAAGCCUUCUUUAGAUACGAGCUAUUCGAAAUAAUCAAAAAACAACCUAAGGAGCCAAUCUGGAGUGAAGAAUAUUCUCUUCGAGAAUGUUUCGAGAAAGAAGCCAAUGCUCACGAAGCUGAAUGGAUAUCAGUAUCAAAAGCAGGCGACUGUGAACAUUAUAAACCAUCAGGAAACAAAGAAGAUCUUCAGGAAUUGAAGCGUUUAUUAAUGCUUUCAUACCAAAACAGAAUGCUAUAUGGUGAAAAAAUUUUGUUCAUGAAAACUGAACAAUUUGUCAGUGAGGUCCAUGCAGGAUUUGGAGAAAGAAAACGGAGAAGAAUGUGA